GUGGAGACAUGAUUGGUUACUUUAGUGCAGCUGCUUGAAACGUCACCAUUUACCCGCGUUUGUUGAAGAAGACACACACAAGUGUUUGGCGGGAUUCAACCGGGACCAAGCUCUUUCGUGAUCAUCGAAUCGGCACGAUGCAGUUUUCCGGCAGAAGGAGGAAGAUCUUAAGCAACCCUCAGACGGAGCUCUAUGGACAUUGUCUGCAGUUCUACGUGCAGCCUCCUCUUGAAAACAUCACGCUCACCGAGUUUGAGACCUUUGCAGUGGAAAGACUGAAAUUGUUGAAGACUGUCGAGAAUUUGGGAGUGAGUUAUGUGAAAACAUCUGAGCAGUACUCAAAGAAACUGGAAUCCGAGUUUUCAAACCUGAACUUUCCUUACAGAGCAGCAGCGGAUGAUAAGAAAGUGCAGAAUGGGCCAACUGAAUAUGAGAAACGAAGAAAGGACCAUAUCUCCCACUUCAUUCUCAGGCUUGCCUACUGCCAAACGGAGGAUCUCAGGCGGUGGUUUAUACAACAGGAGGUCGACCUUUUCCGCUACCGCUUCAAUGACCUGCUUCCAAAACACAAACUUGAAUUUCUGCAUCGAAACAACCUGCAAUAUGACACGAUUAGUGUCGAGGAAAAGAAGGCUCUGGCAGAGAAACUUAUCAACUCCAGCUACGCUGUCAGUGGAAUCACUGUUGAGGACCAAGACUUCUACAAAGUUCCAUUUCAGGACGCCCUGGACCUUGUACGAACAAGGAAAGUGUACCUCAAAGCGGGCUACGUGUACAUCCCCCACCAGGACAUUGUCACCAUUGUUCUCAAUGACUUCCGCACAAGGCUAUCUAAAGCUCUCGCAUUGACAGCCCGCUCUCUUCCAGCCGUACAGUCUGAUGAACGACUUCAACCUCUGCUUAACCACCUCAGUCAUGCCUAUGUGGGCCAGGAUUACAGCAUCCAGAAGAGUGUUGGGAAGAUCUCCCUGGAGCAGAUUGAUUCACUCUCGGUGAAGUCCUACCCACUGUGCAUGAGGCAGCUCCACCAGGCGCUGAGAGAGAACCACCAUCUCCGUCAUGGCGGCCGCAUGCAGUAUGGCCUCUUCCUCAAAGGCAUCGGCCUCACUCUGGAUCAGGCGCUGCAGUUCUGGAGAUCAGAAUUCAUCAGGGGCAAGGUGGAUGCAGACAAGUUUGACAAAGCAUAUGCCUACAGCAUCCGCCACAUGUUCGGGAAGGAAGGCAAGCGAACAGACUACACCCCCUACAGUUGCAUGAAGGUGAUUUUGUCAAACCCACCCAGCCAAGGCGACCAUCAUGGAUGUCCAUUUCGACACAGUGACCCAGAGCUGCUGAAGCAGAAGCUUCAGUCUUAUAAGAUCUCUCCCAGUGGGAUCAAUCAGAUCCUGGAGUUGGUUAAAGGGAUGCACUAUCAGCUGGCGUGCCAGAAGUACUUUGAGUUGACACACAAUAUUGAAGACUCUGCCUUCUCACUGAAUCACCCCAACCAGUAUUUCAUAGAGAGCCAGAAACUUUUGGGCGGAGGCAGGGAGAUAAAGCGUGAGAUGGACGCUCCUCAGAGGGCGCAGGAAAACUCUGCCACCAGAGGAUCUACUGUAGCCCGGGAGACAUCAGCAAACCCCUCGCAGGAUUUGGCAGAGAUGACCGAGGAUCUGGACUCUUUCUUCCAAGACGCCUGAUUUUGUUUCAUUGUCUUUGUUCUAGGAGCAAUGAAGUGGUGCAUUUCUUUAUCCUGAUUUGAGCUGAAUCAUUUUUUUAUGUGUAGUGUUGUAGCUUCAUCAAAGGUCCAGCCUAUUAGGUAUUAAAGUUGCAUAUAAACAGUC